AUGUACGUUGUGGCCAUCUCGUCGGUCUUUACGGGGCUGGCGGUUCUGGUUGUUGCCCUGCGGUUAUACACUCGGAUCCACCUGGUGAAGGCUCCUGGACUGGACGAUUUGAUUAUAUUAGUUGCAUUGCUCGUCGACGUGGCAUUCUAUGCCUUUACGAUGCUUGAACGAUCAUACGGCAUCGGAAUCCGCGCAUCAGAACUCUCUGAAUAUGACAUCGAGCGCCAACUAUUUUGGUUGUGGCUUUCGGUCCCUUUUUACAACAUGACUAUGAUCCUAGCCAAAUUCUCCGCACUCACACUCUACGCCCGCCUCUUCAGGCCCCGUCGCUUCCUGCUAAUCACCUACAGCUUAAUGGGCUUCCUCGUUAUCGUAGGUCUGUGGACGAGCCUGAGCGGCUUUCUCUUCUGCAUUCCUCUCCACGCCUUCUGGAGUCCAUCGGCAGAGGUUCGCGACUCAAACUGUCUACCUGCCAGCCCUGUCUGGUUCACCAAUGCGGCACUCCAGACUUCUACCGAUCUGGUGAUAUUGGUUCUUCCCCUGUCGCUAUUAUGGAAGUUACAGCUACCGAGAAGACAGAAGUGGGGGAUCCUGGUGGUUUUCGGUCUUGGAAUCUUUAUUGUUGGCGUUAGUGCCGCUCGCAUGUAUCCAUUAAGCAUCAUGGUUGGCGGAGGAGAUUUUACGCAGGCAAAUGCCAAAGCAGCCCUUUGGUCCUGCCUCGAAGCAAACGUAUCCAUCAUCUGCAUCUGCCUACCACCACUCCACCCGCUCUUCUCUCGCAUCUUCUCAUUCUUCUUCCUCCCUCGACCGAUCCGCUCAAGAGCCUCGAGGUGUCAUUCCAGCAGAUCCCCACUGAACCGGGAUGCCGGGAUCUGGUGCAACGAACUCUUCAGUCCCGGAACAGCAAGUUACUCUGCUAGCAUCUCCAAGGUCGAUACGAACGAAGAGGAGCAAGAAAAAGCAGAGGGGAUUCGUGUUAAACGGGAGCUGAGGAUGCAGUCGAAUACUGUUCCUUCUUUCUCCCGACCUCAGUCUGCCAAUGGUACCUAUCCGGAUAUCGAGAUGACAGAGGGUUUUGAGAGGGAUUUCGGGGAUUUCGAGUUCCCGGACUAUAAGAAUCGAAUGAAUGCUCCUAUUUGA